AUGUUUCAGGCCAUUAGGAGAAUCAACGAAUUUUCAAAAGCCCUCGACAUCAUUACCGGAAGUCACCGUAGAUUAUAUAAUCGGUCUCUCGUGGUUUUUUCGACAAAGAUUUGGUAG